GGAAUGGAGGCGAAGGUGGAACAACGAUUUCCUCAAAACGGACAUUUUAUAUUUUUUAAACGAAAUUGAAACCUACUUAUUUGGCCCAAAAAAUAUCACUGUUUAUCUCAUGAGGAACCAUUUGGACUUAACUGAAGUUCAGGUACAUCCAAUGGGGACCCUAAUGAACUAAAACAGGGAAAUUUUUAGGGUGAAAUAAGUGGGUUUCAAUUUCGUUCAAAAAAUAUAAAAUGUCCGUUUUAACGUAUUCGUUGUUGUGGUGGCGGAGUUAAUGGCGAGGGCAACGGCGGUGGUGGUGGCGGUGGCGGUGGUGCUCGUGGAGGCGGUGGUGAUGGUGGUGGGGGUGGCAAUGGCGAAGCCGAUGGAGGCGAUGGUGGCAAAAGUGGUGGCAAUGAUGGGAAAGGCGGUGGCGAUGGUGGUGGUGAUGGAGUUGAUGGCCGUUGUGGCACCUUUGGAGGCGGCGAUGUCGGUAGUGAUUACGGCGGAGGGUGAUGGGCAAUGGCGGAGGAUUGUGGAGGGCGGCGGAUUGAUGGCGGGCGGGGGCGGCCGGGAAGCCUCGAUGGUCGGGAAGUGGCAGAAGGCGAGAAAUGGUGGAGAGCGAGACAUGGCGAAGGAUGGUCAGGGCGAUGGUAGAGGGCAGAGGGUGGAGGGUGGCGGGUGAUGGUGAAGAAUUGUUAAGGGGGGCAGGUGGAUGGUGGAGGGCAGAGGGCGUGAAGCGCUUCCCACAGUUUGCCG